AGAAACCCUAGCCCCAGUGUUUUAGACUGUCAAGGGUACAAAUGGUGCGCCAGGAAGGGAGGGGGAAUAUUCUACAAGAGCUCCCAGCAGACUAAAUCCAGGAAAUAAUUUUGGCUUAUCACUGGGAAACCAGGGCUACAUGUAACAAGCACAAGGAGACAACAGAGAACUUGAAACCACCCCCAUCCAUUUUCUCCAAGCAGUCAGGAAGGAACUGUAGAGUACACAUCCUCAAAUGCGGAAGUCCAUAUUUCCACAUCGGCAAGAAACUUGAUGCGGCCCAGGUGUGAACACUCUAUUUACCUCCCUAGGCCAGAGAGGUCUGUUAAAGCCCCUGGGAGUUAUUAUGAAGUGAAUUGCAGAGAAAAUUCCAUAGCACAGCUGUAAAGACCUGGGCACAGUGAACAGCCAAGGGAAUUCAACAGAGCAUAUCACCUUACAGAAAUUAUGACUUUCCCAAAAUAAUUUCAAGCAGCCAUGUUGACAGUGAAGAAAGUCUAAGUUGUAAUGUGUGACCAACGUCAAAAAAGAGUCCUGCCUGGAAUAUAGCAUUUCCUGAACAAGACAGAACAGCUCUUCAGCAGCAAUCUAUGACUAUACCAUGAGAGUUAACACUGGCUAUAUACUAAAUCAAGACUAAAGCAUGAGGUUUGGAAAGAUUCUGAAAGUGAAGUUUUUGUUACAGUCAUCCUUGUGAGGUCCUGAUGGCUUUACGCAGUGACAUCAUCCGAUGGUUAACUCUGGGCAUCUUUGCCACAACAAUCCUAAUGCUGGGACAACUGGCUUGGGUUGUAAGAGACAAAGAUCCAAGGUACAGGAGUGUGAGAAAACCGGAGAAGAUUCUAAAUGAUCUAGUCUUAAGGGAGCACGCCACAGAUGAUAAAGACAAUGAAGACAAUGACAACAAGGUUCGAAAUGACAAUCAAAUCUCAUACAACGGCAAAAUAAAUGAGCCAUUUGGCUCGAGAUCAUGUAUACCUGAUCCAAAAAUGAUAUCAACCAUGCCAAGAAGGCCAUAUAAAAUAUUCAUCUAUGAUCUGCCGCGCAAGUUCAAUUACGACGUUUUGGAGUGCGUGAAAAAGGAUGACUGCUUUGAUUUGGACUACUGUGGCAUGGGACAGGAACUGUUCAGGGUAGGAAAUGUUUCUGUUCGGAACACGAACCAGUUCGCCUUGGAGGUCAUACUGCAUCAUCAGUUACUGUUCAGUCCAUAUCGUGUCUUGGAUCCCUCGGAAGCCGAUAUCUUCUACAUUCCUGCCUACACAGGGCUUUCCUGUUUUUGUCGUCGCCAAACAGGAACCACAAACACCAGAGUACUCAUAACGGAGCUAUUUCACUGGCUGAACCUACAGAAGCCCUACAGGAACGGCAAGUUGCACAUGUCUGCCUUAGCUAAAAUCGAAAGAGAGCAAGCCAGCGAUCGUUGCCCUCUACUCACAUUUCCACAAGCUCGAAACAUCGUAUAUGCAACAAUCGAGGAAGAAGCGGACAGAUCACAUAAACACUAUCUUAACCUUACCGGCCACAGCGUUGUUGUUGUUCCCUACCCUUCCUACGGUCAUAUUGUGUCCGGGUCAAGCCAACUGGACCUUUCAGAGCCUUUGUUGUCCAUUCCUCCACAAGACAGGAAAGUCUUCAUUCUGCUGGCAGCUGGUUCUAGGAAAUCAAACCCUUUCAGGGUGAAACUCAUGAGCCAAUUCGACCCCAAAUCCAGAACCAAGUCGUCCUAUGACAACUUUUUCUCACGCUCCGCCAACGAAGACACAGACAUGGUAUUUCUGUAUACUCAGGAAUGUCAAGAUGACCAUCAAUGGACGACCAUUCCGUGGAUGCAACACUCUGUGUUUUGUCUGCAGCCACCGGGAGAUUCUCCGACAAGGAAGUCUUUCUACGAUGCCAUAAUGGCCGGAUGUAUACCGGUCUUGUUCAAAGAUCACAAACAGGUCAACUAUCCUUUCCAGGAUGUACUGGAUUACAAAAAAUUCACAGUUACACUUUCUUAUUCAGAUAUAGACAGAAAGAGGCGCCUUGUACGAGAUUUACUGGAGAGAAUUCCACAAAAAGAGAUUCAGAGCAAGUUAAACGCGAUACAAAAAGUAGCCGCAAAACUGCAAUAUUCAUUACCUGUUGAAUCAAGUUCCCAGUUAAAAGGUGCUACACAACUGUUAAUGAAAGAAAUUGGCUACUAUUUUGCAACUUGGCAAUUACAUAAAAACAAUCCAGAGUUUUAUAACAAUGAUCAAAUGGAUUAAAGUGUUUUUCAGAUAAUUUAAUUCUCUUCCGAAUGUGAAUUCUGUUCAGCAUUCUGAGUUAUUAACAGGUAAGAAAACAAAAAAAAAUGAGAUGAAACACCAUUAACACUCUAGGAAAAUAAUUCAACUUGCAUUUAAAGAAUAUUUUCAACUGAGCAAA